AUGCCCGUUCUUUUUUGUCCUGUAUGCGAUUCACUUCUCUCGAUAGAGGAAUCUUCUCACUGCCUUGCGCUGAAUUGUACCGAUCCAAGCUGUGCAUAUCAGUGGUUUGUGACCGCUCCUAUCGUCCAGGACCAUAUUCCUCAUGCUGAUUUACGAUUGCGACUGGAGGAAGAUGCGGUCUUCUCCGCUGCUGAUGCCUACAGUUCUUCCGCUCAGAUAGAAGAAAAAUGUCCAAAAUGUGGGCACAAUCGGGCGUACUUUGUUCAGAUGCAGACACGUUCGGCGGACGAACCAAGCACCACUAAGUACUCCUGUAUGAAAUGUCAGCAUGUCUGGACUGAAAACUAA